AUGAGGGGUAUACUUUUGUGUUGUGCUGUAUUGGCGGCGCUGGCGUACGUCAGCUGCCGCGAAGUGUCUAGAGAGAGACGGGAAGCUGACUUAGACACCGCAGCGUCCGAUAAGGGUGGCAAAUGGGACAAAGGGGGUGGCCACGAGCACCAUGAGGAUCACCAUCAUGACCACGGCGAGAAAGGACACAAAGGUUACAAGGGUCACCAUCACCACGAGCACGGCAAAAAGGGUCACCACCACCACGAAGGUCACAAAGGACAUCAUGACGAGCACGGCGGCCACAAGAAGCAUCACCACCACGACGAUGGCCACCAUCACGAACAUCAUCACGGGGAAAAAGGUCAUAAAGGACACGGCCACCACGAGGAAGGUCACUACCAUAAGGGACAUUCCACGAAGGGACAUCACGGAGUGCACAAACACGAUGAAUUUAAGAAGGAGAAACAUUUCCACGAUCAUCAUCACGAUGGCGGCCACCACGAACAUCACGGAGGGCAUCACGAAGAGCACGGACACAAGAAGGGCGGUGGCCAUCACAAGGGUCACAAGCACGGUGGCCACCACCACCACGAACACGGCAAGAAAGGCCACCACGAAAAGGGAGGCCACCACCACGAUCACAAGGAUCACCACGAUGAGGGAGGCCAUCAUGAGCAUCAUCAUCAUCACCAUGAUCAUGGGAAGAAGGGCGGUCACGAGGAUCACAAGCACUGGGGCUACAAGAAGGGACACAAAUAA